AAGUUUUUACCCCCCGCCCCCGUACUAACUCUGGGCGCAGACCGUCACAGUAACCGAUCGGCGGGAUUCGGAUCGAGGUUUAAAGAAGUGAGUAAAAUGUCGAGGACGUGGGAAAUAUCCGAUUCAGACGCCGAAGUGGAGAAAGAAUCAAAUGGCACUUUACAAAGUCGCGAAAGGUCUGGCGACUCCGCAGAGAGAAGCGUUUCGGUUCCGCCGCCAUCAUUCGAACGCGAUCGGCCGGGUCCGGCGAAAAGGCGCCGUUCCAAGGAGGAGAUGGAGGCGGACCGGGACAAAGCCAGGCAACGGAGGGAAGCUCGGGAGAAGAACCGAGCUGCGAAGGAGCGACAGAAGCAGGAGAAGAAAAAGGAGCAAGAGAAAAGGAAAGAAGCUGCGCAACGUCUCAAGCCAGAGAACUGUCUCCAGUGUUUGACUGUGUGCGUAGAUCCGGCUCUCCUGCAACAGCCGGGCUGCGACAUCCUGCUGGGCACGCUCUCUUCUUUGGAAUGGCGCUACAGCAUCCGACCGCAGCCGCUUGCCAACGGCAUCACGUGGACCAGGGAUUUACCUCAGCUGACCGACGGCGCCACGGGAACGGUUGCGGAGGACCAACUGGUGCAGGUGCUCAGCGCAUCCCAAUUCGUCGACGUGGCCGUCGCUGUGAAAAAACUGAUUGACAGCGACGGGGAAGAACUCGAGGGCGAUUCCGUUCCGGGCCCGUUGGCGGAGGGCUUCCGACCGGACGCGGGCCAGGUGGCCACCAUCUUGGUCACAGAGUACAGGGGGCCCGCGUUUGCCCAAGCGGUCCGCUCCAGGUCCGGCGGGGGGGACGUGGACGUCGAGGAGGUUCUCGUGUUUCUGCAGCUGCGGAAGAACGUGGCCGUCUUCUUUGUGGAAAGCUGGCGGGACGUCGCCGACCACGUGUGCGCCGUCACCAAGUCCUUGUCCAAGCGACCUUUGAAGCAGCUGACGGAGCGAGCGCGGCUGCCCUUCUGCGCCGAGGGCUCGUGGGCCGGCGGGGCGCGCGUGGAGAAGGACGGCUCCGGCCUCCGACGGGUGUGGAGCGAGCAGAUCCGCCAGCUCAACAGGGUGGGCGGGGCCACCGCCUCCUGCGUGACCGCCGCGUACCCGUCGCCGCGGCUGCUGCUGCAGGCUUACGGGGCGGCGCGUUCGGAGGAGGAGCGCAAGAAGCUGCUGGCCCAUCUGGAGGUGAAGGGCGACGGGCAGGACCGGCGGGUCGGACCCCAGAUUUCCGCCAGAGUUUACCGCUGCCUCACCGCUCGCAACCCAGAACUGGUCCUGGACUAACUCCAACAACCGCGGCUGCGUCUCUCAUGUGACCGUUGAAGUCAACGAGCCAAACGUCUGCCUCGGGGAUUCGCGUCCAAAUGACGUCAUGCAAGGAAAUCCAUUUGGGGAAAACAAUGAUUGCAUUAAAAACAAAUCUGCAGCA